UCCCCGCGGCGGCUCCGCGCGCGGCGAACAUGGCGGCGGCGGCGGUCGGGCGGGACACUUUACCUGAGCACUGGUCCUACGGCGUGUGCCGGGACGGCCGCGUCUUCUUCAUCAAUGAUCAGCUCCGCUACACGACCUGGCUGCACCCGCGCACCGGGGAGCCCGUCAACUCCGGCCACAUGAUCCGCUCAGACCUGCCCCGUGGCUGGGAGGAGGGCUUCACGGAGGAGGGCGCCAGCUACUUCAUCGACCAUAACCAGCAGACCACAGCCUUCAGGCAUCCUGUGAGUGGGCAGUUUUCUCCAGAAAAUAGUGAAUUUAUUCUUCAAGAAGAAGAGCCAAAUCCGCAUAUGUCGAAGCAAGAGAGAAACCAAAGGCCGUCCAGCAUGGUCAGUGAAACGUCCACGGCGGGGACCACUUCCACCGUGGAGGCCAAGCCUGGCCCCAAGAUCAUUAAGUCCAGCAAUAAAGUCCACAGCUUUGGGAAGAGGGACCAGGCCAUUCGGAGGAACCCCAACGUUCCAGUGGUGGUGAGGGGCUGGCUACACAAGCAGGACAGUUCCGGGAUGAGGCUGUGGAAAAGGAGGUGGUUUGUGCUUGCUGAUUAUUGCUUGUUUUACUAUAAAGACAGCCGAGAAGAAGCGGUCCUUGGGAGCAUCCCUCUGCCCAGCUACGUGAUCUCACCGGUGGCCCCUGAGGAUCGCAUAAGUCGCAAGUAUUCCUUUAAGGCUGUGCACACCGGGAUGCGGGCUCUCAUCUAUAAUAGCUCUCAGGCCGAGCAGUCAGGCAUGAGGACGUACUACUUCAGUGCCGACACCCAGGAGGACAUGAAUGCUUGGGUCCGGGCCAUGAACCAGGCUGCACAGGUGCUGUCUCGAUCGUCACUGAAGAGGGACACGGAGAAGGUGGAGCGGCAGGCAGUCCCCCAGGCCAACCACACAGAGUCCUGUCGAGAAUGUGGCCGCGUGGGACCCGGACACGCGAGGGAUUGUCCUCAUCGCAGUCACGAGGAUUCCUUUGGAUUCGAGAGGCGGGAGCAGGAGGAAGACCGGUACCGCUCCAGGGACCCACUGGAGAGCAAGCGGGACAGGAACAAGGCCAGGUCCCCAUACUCACAAGUCGAAGAGGACUCCUUGUUUGUGGAUUUACCCAGCGGCCCGAGAGGCCAGCAGGCUCAGCCCCAGCGGGCAGAGAGGAACGGAGUGCUGCCGGUCACGUCUGGCCCGGGAGAGCAGAACGGGACUGCCGGGUACCAGCGGACCUUCCCUUCCAGGACCAACCCUGAGAAGCACAGCCAGAGGAAGAGCAGCCUGGCCCAAGUGGAGCAGUGGGCAAAGGCCCAGAAGGGGGACAGCAGGAGCCUGCCCCCGGAGCAGACCCUCCCUCGCCAGGGCCCCAGCCAGCACCUGUCCUUCCCAGAAAACUACCAGACCCUUCCGAGGAGCAGCCGCCACCCCUCGGGGGGCUCUUCGCCCCCUCCCCGCAACCUGCCGAGCGACUACAAGUAUGCGCAGGACCGAGCCAGCCACCUGAAGAUGUCGAGCGAGGAGCGCCGGGCGCACCGGGACGGCACCGUGUGGCAGCUCUACGAGUGGCAGCAGCGCCAGCAGUUCCGGCACGGCAGCCCCACGGCCCCCGUCUGCGCCGGCUCCCCGGAGUUCGCCGAGCAGGGCCGGAGCAGGAGCAUGUUAGAGGUGCCCCGCUCCAUCUCCGUGCCUCCGUCUCCCUCGGACCUCCCUCCGCCGGGACCCCCGAGGGCCUUCCCGCCCCGACGGCCCCACACGCCAGCAGAGAGGGUCACUGUGAAGCCACCGGACCAGAGGAUGAGCGUAGACAUCUCGCUGGGGGGUUCUCCCAGGAAGGCAUGGGGCCCCGCCACCAAGAACUCCUCUCAUGUGGACCGACGCUCCAUGCCCUCCAUGGGUUACAUGACCCAUACUGUCAGCGCUCCCAGUUUACAUGGAAAAUCGGCUGACGAUACCUACCUCCAGCUGAAGAAAGACCUGGAGUACCUGGACCUAAAGAUGACAGGCCGGGAUCUCCUCAAGGACCGAAGUCUGAAGCCGGUGAAGAUCGCCGAGAGUGACAUUGAUGUGAAGCUGAGCGUCUUCUGUGAACAAGACAGGGUCCUCCAGGACUUGGAAGACAAGAUGCGAGCCCUUAAGGAGAGCAAAGACCAGCUAGAGUCCGUGCUGGAGGUGUUGCACAGACAGAUGGAGCAGUACCGAGACCAGCCCCAGCACCUUGAGAAGAUCGCCUAUCAGCAGAGGCUGCUGCAAGAAGACCUUGUCCACAUCCGGGCCGAGCUCUCCAGAGAGUCCACUGAGAUGGAAAAUGCCUGGAAUGAGUACCUAAAGCUAGAAAGAGAUGUGGAGCAGCUCAAGCAGACCCUGCAGGAGCAGCACAGAAGAGCCUUUUUCUUCCAGGAGAAAUCGCAGAUACAGAAGGAUCUCUGGAGGAUUGAAGACGUCAUUGCAGGCCUGAGUGCAAAUAAAGAGAACUUCAGAAUCCUGGUGGAAUCGGUCAAGAAUCCAGAGAGAAAAACGGUGCCUUUGCUUCCUCACCCGCCUGUGCCUUCACUCUCGACCUCUGAGAGCAAGCCGCCCCCGCAGCCCAGCCCUCCCACCAGCCCUGUGCGGACCCCUCUGGAGGUUCGACUCUUCCCCCAGCUGCAAACCUACGUGCCGUACCGACCUCACCCGCCCCAGCUGAGGAAGGUGACAUCCCCCCUUCAGUCACCAACCAAGACCAAGCCCAAAGUGGAAGACGAGGCACCUCCCAGGCCCCCGCUCCCCGAGCUCUACAGCCCGGAGGACCAGCCCCCGGCCGUGCCCCCGCUGCCGAGGGAGGCCACCAUCAUCCGGCACACUUCAGUGAGGGGCCUCAAGCGGCAGUCGGACGAGAGGAAGCGAGAUCGGGAGCAGGGACAGUGUGUGAACGGGGACUCCAGGGUGGAGCUCCGGUCAUAUGUCAGUGAGCCAGAGCUGGCCACCUUCAGCGGGGACACGGCCUCAUCCUCCCUGGGCCUUGUGGGCUCUGAGAGCAGGUACCAGACGCUGCCAGGCAGAGGCCUUUCGGGGUCCAUGUCAAGGCUCCAGCAAUCGUCCACUAUUGCUCCCUACGUCACCCUCCGGAGGGGUCUAGAUGCUGAAAGCAGCAAGAUGACCUACCCUAGACCCAAGAGUGCCUUGGAGCGCCUGUACUCAGGAGACCACCAGCGGGGCAAGAUGAGUGCGGAGGAGCAGCUGGAGCGCAUGAAGCGGCACCAGAAGGCGCUGGUCCGGGAGCGCAAGAGGACGCUGAGCCAAGGAGAGAGGACGGGGCUGCCCUCGUCCCGCUACCUCAGCCAACCGCUCCCGGGAGACCUCGGCUCAUGGAAGCGUGAGCAGGACUUUGACCUGCAGCUGCUGGAACGGGCUGUUCAAGGGGACAGAAAGGACAAGGAAGAGAAUGGCUGGCUGAAGGUGCAGGCCAUGCCUGUCACUGAAUUGGACCUGGAACCACAAGACUAUGACGUGGACAUCAGCAGAGAGCUGUCCAAACCAGAGAAAGUCUCCAUCCCUGAGCGUUACGUGGAGCUGGAUCCUGAAGAGCCGCCCAGCCUGGAGGAGCUGCAGGCGCGGUACCGCAAAGCCGAGAAGAUCCGUAACAUCCUCACCCGGUCCAGCAUGUGCAACCUACAGCCGCCCGCCAGCCAGGACCGGAACAGCGUGGCCGACCUGGACUCGCAGCUGCAGGAGCAGGAGCGCAUCAUCAACAUCUCCUAUGCCCUGGCCUCAGAGGCCUCCCAGCGCAGCAAGCAGGUAGCAGCACAGCAGCUGGCCCUCCUCCCGCCUAAAGCCCCCCUGUCCUCCAGGACCGUGCCACCUUACCCCCCCUUAAGCAACGGACUCCACUACACCUUUGUCUAACACCUUCCAACCCAGGCAGUGACUGACCCAUGACCCAGCACACAGAGAAGUCUGGAGCCAGGGGCCAGCAGAACCAGUUUCCUCUGAGAAGAUCAAUCCUUCUUCCGCCAAGGAAAUUCCUUCCAGCUAAGCAGAGAGGUUCAGCCUGGAGGACGGAGUAGCCCGUCAGCUGUGGGGCGUCCACCACAGGGCGAGGUCCUAACCCCCUGCUUGUUUUAGUUCAGACUCCUUUUCAUGUGACAAAGGCACUUUUGAUACACACUGUACAAUACUGAUGCUGUGUUUUAGAAUCAGGAUGUAUUUUAUAAUGUUCACCUCAAGGGCUCAGUGGCCGAGAAGGUGAGGAUGCAAGAUUUUGGAGCUGCACACACAGAUUCAGGUAUCGUGGGGUGGUGGGUGUGGGUGGGGCCGAAGGGCAAGGUGAGCAGAAACCAGUCCAGCAUCUGCUGAAUGCAAGCGAGCUUGGAUGGGAGACACGCUUCCAGCGGAUUCCAGUGUGGGGCUCAUUGGCGUGCUGUCCAGGGCAGUGGUCAGCCAGCCCUGAUCUUGCCCGCCUGAUGGCCAGCUCUGGAGGGUGAAGCUCCACCGAGACAGACCCCAAGUCUGUGCCUCGGCCUUGGGUCUGCCUUAGGCCCAACAAUGUGUCUAAGAACUUUGGUUCCCAACCCGCCCAUGAGGUUCUCUCAGCAAAGGGCUCUUCUCAAAAAUAAAAAAACGUUUGCUUUAAUUAAAAAAUAAAGAAACACAGAACACUUUGAAAUACAGAAAAGGCGAGAAGAGCAUCUUCGACUUGUAUCAUAAGCAAUAAAUGUCACACCGGGUGGCAUCUACCUGCAACUCCCUGUGUUCAUACUAGGCUGUGAUAGCGACCCUGGGACCUUUGCAGCCUGCCCCUCAAAACACAGGUCAGCUUCCCAGGACUUGGAUCAGUGGCCGGAGGACAGGCACCAGGUCCCCACCAUCUCUGAUGGCCAUGAUGGCAGGAUGAUGACUUGACUUCCAGCCUAAAAGGGGGAAGGGGCCACCAGACCAGCUGCCGUGUUUGUGGCCCUUUAUAUGAGUCACGAGCUCAUGAUAGUCUGCAUACAGAAAAUGGGAUUGGAAAGGGAAAAAAACAAAAAACCCCCAUUGGGUAGAGCCACACUUUAAAUGAAAAUUGGUCUUUGACUAUGGUCAGAAAAAUAACCUUGAAUAUAUUUAGAAGUUGCUGUCUAUUUUUAACUAAUUCCAUAUGCUGCCAGUAUCGACUUCAUGACAUUUGCCAAAAUAAGAUUUUAUUUUUGCCUUUAUAAGAUUUUGUUGGAAAAAUGAAAUGAGUAUUUUGCAAGAAAAAGUUAAUUUAAAAAAGAAGUGUAAUGGUUUGCAAAAAAAAAAAAAUGUGAUGUACAGAUUAAAGUAUUAACCUGGUACA